AUGUCAUUUGAAGAAUCUACAGUGCCAGCUGUUACUCAACCACAGAAAUAUGUUGGGUUUGAUACCAUUACCACUCAAAUCGAAAACAGAUUAUUGAAAAGAGGUUUCCAAUUCAACGUUAUGGUUGUUGGUAGAUCAGGCUUGGGUAAAAGUACUUUAGUCAACACAUUAUUCUCUUCAAAAUUAACUACAUCUCAUGGAAGAAAGCUGCCUAAUGAACCUAUUGAAAAAACCACCGAAAUCAAAGUCACUUCUCAUUCUUUGGUGGAAAACAAUGUUAGAUUGAAUAUUAAUGUUAUUGACACUCCUGGAUUUGGCGACCAAAUAAAUAAUGAAAAAUGCUGGGAUCCAUUGGUUAAAUAUGUUAAAGAACAACACUCCCAAUACUUGAGAAAAGAAUUAACUGCACAAAGAGAAAAAUAUUUGGCUGACACUAGAGUUCAUUGUAUAUUGUAUUUUCUUCCUCCAAAUGGUCAAAAAUUGAGACAAUUGGAUGUCCAAGCUUUAAAAAAAUUAUGUGACAUUGCUAAUGUUGUUCCAGUUAUUGCCAAAUCUGAUUCUUUGACUUUGGAAGAAAGAAGCGAGUUUAAGAAAUUGUUGCAACAAGAAUUUUUGAAAUACAAGUUCAAUAUUUACCCAUAUGAUAGUGAGGAUUUGUAUGAAGAAGAAAGACAAUUGAAUGAAGAUAUCAAAUCGUUAAUUCCAUUUGCUAUUGCUGGAUCAGAAAAGGAAAUUGAAAUUAACGGGGAAAUGGUUAGAGGAAGAAAAACCAAAUGGGGUGCUAUCAAUAUUGAAGAUGUCAGCCAAUGUGAAUUUGUCUUUUUAAGAGAUUUCUUGACCAGAACUCAUUUACAAGAUUUGAUUGAAACCACUGCCUUGACUCACUAUGAAACCUUCAGAUCCAAACAAUUGAUUGCUUUGAAGGAAAAUGCGUCUAAUCCAAAUAGACAAUCCCAAGUUCCAAAAGAAAUCCAGGGUCCAACUUCUCAAACUUCUAAUUCUGAUUUGAAAAAUGUUACUGGCGGUCCAACUGCUCCAAUGUACCAAACCACUUCAGGUAACAACGGAGGUGCUGCUGUAGCUGCUAAAUAA